AUGGAGAGCAAUAACAAUUCCCUGCGUCAACAAAUUGCUGAUAUGAGGCAAUCACUUUUCGAUGAGGAAAUGCUGGACCGCCACUAUAGAACAGUGGAGGAAUUGUCAGAUAAAGACCACCCCAACUUUGCCGAGGAGGUUAUGACCAUGUAUUUUAGGGACUCCACUAAAUUGAUAGCUAUAUUUGAAAACGCAUUGGAGAAUGCCCCCUUUAAUUUCAUUGUUCUUGACAAGUACCUCCAUCAGCUCAAAGGUAGCAGCGCCAGCAUUGGCGCUAAGAAGGUGUGGGAAAAAAUCAAUGAAAUGAGAGAUUGCCUCAGGGAACGCGACAUUGAAGGGACUAGGACUGUUCUUCAGCAGCUGAAGAAAGAGCACGACAACUUGCGAGGACGAAUUGAACCUUAUUUCCGGAUGUUGCGACAAGUUGGGCCUUCUGAAAUAGCUCAGCGGCCCAAAUAG